AUGGCGGUGGUGGAGCAAAAAAUGAGCUGCCACGUUCUUACCCUCGUCCCCAUUUUCCUCAUCCUCGUCUAUGCCCUAUUCGUCGUCUCCCCCUUCAUCGACAGGAAACUCUCCGUCACUAAAUCAUCCACCGCCGCCCCGACUGCAGCGCCGCCGUCGGCGGCGGCUGGGGUGACGGUUUUGUACAGUAGACGUAAUGCUAGUGGAGUGAAGAGGAUCGAGGAGGAGCUGGCUAGAGCUCGGGCGGCGAUCAGGGAAGCGAUUCGGAGCCGGAGAUAUAGGUCGUACAAGGAAGAAGGGUUCGUCCCCCGUGGGGCUGUAUAUAGAAACCCUAUCGCCUUCCAACAGUAA